AUGUCGGGUCGGCCAAGAACCACUUCAUUCGCGGAGAGCUGCAAGCCGGUGCCGCAGCCGUCCGCUUUCGGCAGCAUGAAAGUCAGCAGGGAUAAAGAUGGCAGUAAGGUAACAACAGUAAUGGCCACUCCAGGCCAAGGCCCUGACCGGCCACAGGAAGUGAGUUACACUGACACGAAGGUGAUCGGCAACGGCUCGUUCGGCGUCGUGUAUCAGGCCAAGCUGUGCGACUCCGGAGAGCUGGUGGCUAUCAAGAAGGUGCUGCAGGACAAGAGGUUUAAGAACCGCGAGCUGCAAAUUAUGAGAAAAUUGGACCACUGUAACAUCGUACGUCUGCGCUACUUCUUCUAUUCCAGUGGAGACAAGAAAGAUGAAGUGUACCUGAAUCUGGUCUUGGAUUACGUUCCUGAGACAGUCUACAGAGUGGCCAGACAUUACAGCCGAGCCAAGCAGACGCUGCCCAUGGUCUAUGUCAAGCUGUACAUGUACCAACUAUUCCGAAGUCUGGCCUAUAUCCAUUCAUUCGGUAUCUGCCAUCGGGAUAUCAAGCCUCAAAACCUGCUACUGGAUCCCGAGACAGCCGUGCUGAAACUCUGCGACUUUGGCAGCGCCAAGCAGCUUGUACGUGGCGAGCCAAACGUAUCCUACAUCUGCUCUCGCUAUUAUCGAGCCCCGGAGCUCAUAUUCGGAGCCACUGACUACACCUCCAGUAUAGAUGUGUGGUCAGCAGGGUGCGUGCUAGCCGAGCUGUUGCUAGGUCAACCGAUCUUCCCCGGCGACAGCGGAGUGGAUCAACUGGUGGAAAUUAUCAAGGUUUUGGGGACACCAACGCGGGAGCAGAUCCGCGAGAUGAACCCCAACUACACAGAGUUCAAAUUCCCCCAGAUUAAGGCCCAUCCAUGGACUAAGGUGAGUCAACAGACCUCUGUGUGUGCGACUGGUGUGCAGGUGUUUCGGCCGCGUACGCCGCCCGAGGCAAUUGCCCUGUGCUCGCGGCUGCUGGAGUACACGCCCACUGCGCGCCUCACGCCUCUGGAGGCCUGCGCGCACUCCUUCUUCGACGAGCUGCGCGACCCCAACGUCAAGCUGCCCAACGGCCGCGAGAAGCCUUCCCUCUUCAAUUUCACUACACAAGAGCUGUCCAGCAAUCCGUCUCUGGCCUCCAUUCUCAUCCCGGCCCACGCUCGCAGUCAGGCCGCCGCUUCCACCCCGACCAACGCCUCCGCCACCACAGACGGUAGCAGCACAGAUCGAGUCCCCAGCACCACCAGCGCCUCUGCUUCCGCCUCCAACUCAGCUUCCUGA